CGGAGUUUGACUGGCAAUGGAGUAGGACGUGUUUGACUUGAGCUCCCGCCGAACUGCUGCAAUUUUAAGUUAUUUCGCGCUUUACAUUACAAAAACUUUGGUGAUUCUGCUCUGAACCUGUUUCUGAACCAAGAAAAGUGUCUAUAUGUGAGGCAAUGGCUGAAAAACUACGCAAAUAUCAGUACGACGGAUCAGUCGAUACUAGGCCUAACACUGCCCCGCCACCGAGUUCAACCGUCACCCGAUCUCGGGUGACUCCUCCCGCUUCAACCAGCCCAGAGAAGAUGGACGCUGUAGCCUUGAAAUCCGACAUUCUUCGCACGCUUAAGGCGGACAUAUCGGCGGUGAUUAAAUCCGAACUGAAAAAUGCGCUUGCCGAGGACUCCAAUGCCCUCAAAACCGAAAUCCAAGCGGUUAAAUUGGAAAUAAUAAACAACACAGCAGCGAUCCAUUCGGAGAUGGACAAAAUGAAGGCUACUAUCAAGGAUGUGGAAGGCGGGCUAUCGACGUGGUCGGACGAGGUGACAACUUUGCAGUCUGUGGUCGCUGACUUGAAAACAGAGGUAGCUGGGCUAAAAGGCAAAUGCGAAGACAUGGAGGGAAGAAUGCGGCGGUGCAACAUAAGAAUUCUGGGAGUAGCUGAGACGGAUGGAUCAAGCUCUACUGUGUCGGUGUCGAGGCUGCUGAGAGAAAUACUACAGCUGGAUAAAGAUGUGCUUGUGGACCGCUCGCAUAGAAGCCUGGGUCCGAGAAGACCAGAUGGGAAACCACGCGCCAUCGUAGCUAAACUCCACUAUUAUCAAGACUGUGUCGAUGUGCUGAGCCGUGCGCGCUCUCAGGCUCCGCUGAGAUUCAACGGGGUCUCGAUCGCCAUAUUUCCAGACUAUACUGCAAGCGUCGCCAAGGCCAGGGCUGCGUUCACGGAGGUUCGGAAAUUGCUGCACAAACGCGAGGACGUCCGAUUCGGCAUCUUAUUCCCAGCCCGACUACGCAUCACACAUGACGCUGCUGUCAUGUGGGGUUGGUCAUCCUCGGUCAUGGGUAAGUGAUGCUCUGACUCAUUUCAAGGGC